GUUAUCGUUCUUUAAAAACAAAAUAAAUUUGAAUUAAAAAAGCGAGAAACUGGAUUAAGGUUGUAUAUGGUGGAACAUAAUACGUUAACAACUUGACUUGGAAGUUAAAUCAUGUAAAAAAACGUCACAAAUAAAUGUUUGUUUAAAAUGUUCUGAGCAAUGAAUAUUUGGUACUUAAAUUUUAAUUUUAAUUUUAAUUUUUUGUGAGAAGAGGGUGAGAAACUUAUUUGAAAGGGUAAAUUCCUUUAACUUCUGUAUGUGUCACACCACGCACCCCUGACCCUUUAGUAAAAGUAAGUUCAACCUAAUGUCUGACCCCGUCAAGCUUGUUGCACCAACUAGUCCUAUUAAGUGUCUUCUUUCUUUACCCAAUGACCGGGCGAUACAGUACAAACUGGGACCGGAAAGGUUGACCCGGCUCAGAAAUUUAAAUGUACUUCGGCUGCCCGUGACACGAGUUAUACAAACUUUGGGUUCUACGGUUUUAGGUACUUUCCAAAAGCAUUUUCACAAUUUGAAAAAUGCUUUGAAAAAAGACGCACAUUUUUUAUUGACAUUUUCCCAAAUGAACAUCUUUCGAUGCCAGCUUUUUCCAAAUGAAUGCUUGUUCCUGGUAAAAGGAGGAAACAUAAUGAUAAUGAUGGAUUAGGUUCAGAUCAGGGACUAACAGGUUAUAAUUACCAGGUCAAUUGUAGGGAAAAAUUUGCAAUUCAGGAUGUUUCUACAUCAAUAAAAAUAAAAAAUUGGCAGGUUUUCAUUGUUAUUUAUUUCUUUUAAAACUUACAAAAUGUUCUAAAAUAUUCGCAACUCCUCACUCGAAUUUGUAAAUUGAAAUUUGCAUGUCUCCUAUAGGUCCUAAAAGCCUGACCUAAAUUUUUUUGGGAAUAACCAUGGUCUAGACAUUUUCUUAGCUAAAUGCUGCGGCUAGGAUAAACUAGGGGUCCGACCGUUGGAUCUGGGAAAGUGUUAUUGGUAAAAUUAAUUUUAAUGAGAAGUUGUCUACUUGUUACUUGGAAAAUCCCAUUGAAACAUUUUAUUGGGAGAAGAACCUUUCACCUUUCGAAGAAUAAUGAUAAUAAUUGUCUUCUGUUUCCAAAUAAUAAAAUUAAAGUAUGACCAAAUUAAAGGCAGACCUGACUGAGGAGCAGAAAUCUGACAUCAAGGAAGCAUUUGCGUUAUUUGACACCCAGGGUUCAGGUUUUAUAGAUACAAAAGAUCUAAAGGUUGCCAUGAGAGCACUGGGGUUUGAACCAAGGAAAGAAGAAAUCAAGAAAAUGCUAAAGGAUGUGGAUACAGACAGGUUAAUAUUAAUAUUUUCUUUAUAUAUAAUCAUUCUUAUCAGUAUCAGUGUCAGUGUCAGUGUCAGUGUCAGUGUCAGUAUCAGUGUAUCAGUGUAUCAGUGUAUCAGUGUAUCAGUGUAUCAGUGUAUCAGUGUAUCAGUGUAUCAGUGUAUCAGUGUAUCAGUGUGUCAGUGUGUCAGUGUGUCAGUGUGUCAGUGUGUCAGUGUGUCAGUGUGUCAGUGUGUCAGUGUGUCAGUGUGUCAGUGUGUCAGUGUGUCAGUAUCAGUGUAUCAGUAUCAGUGUAUCAGUAUCAGUAAAAUAUAUUAUUUUGUUUGUUUUCAGGCUUUUAAACUGUUUGAUGAUGAUGAAACAGGGAAGAUAACUUUCAGUAAUCUGAAAAGGGUCGCAACAGAACUAGGAGAGAAUCUAACAGAUGAAGAACUGCAGGAAAUGAUAGAAGAAGGAGAUAGAGACGGAGACGGUGAAGUGAAUGAAGACGAUUUCCUGAGAAUCAUGAAGAAAACCGGUUUAUACUAGACUAGUGUCGGCCAUUUUAUAUUCGAUGUAUUCUAAAAUUUUGAAUAUUGUAGACUAUCAUUUCCUGAACUAAAGUUCUACUAUCACUUUAAAAAUCAAAGCCAAAGAAAACGAUGCCAUUUAAGACUUAAAAUAAGAAAGAAUAGUGCUGAAAAUGCUAUGGACAUUUUUUACUUUUGUUAUUUAAUUUUUGUAUUUUUACUUUGUGAUACUUGGUUUAGUCAAAUAGUGUUUAUGAAUAAAAAAAAAAAUGUUUUUAA